CUCGACAAACUCUCCAGCACUGCAGCGCUCUGCCUCCAGCUCUCAGCUCGGCUCGGCUCGCUUUUGCCAUGCAGACCACACUGCUCGGCAUCCUGGGACUGGCCCUGCUCGGGACACUGCAUGCCCAGGACAGCAUUCCUGUCCAGGCUGACUUCCAGCAGGACAAGCUCACAGGGAGAUGGUACAGCAUUGGCCUGGCCUCCAACUCUAACUGGUUCAAGGAGAAGCGGCACCUGAUGAAGAUGUGCACCACCAUCAUCUCCACCACUGCAGAGGGGAACCUGGAAGUUACCUCCACGUACCCCAAGGGUGACCAGUGCGUGACGAGGAACAGUCUUUACACCAAGACAGAGCAGCCAGGGCGGUUCAUCUACACCAGCCCACGCUGGGGCAGCAAGCACAACAUCCAUGUGGUGGAGACCAACUACGAAGAGUACGCCUUGGUGGCUACCCAGAUCUCCAAGAGCACUGGUUCCUCCACCAUGGUGCUGCUCUACAGCCGGACAAAGGCGCUGAGUCCUGAACGCCUGGAGAUGUUCACCCAGUUCUCCAGGGAGCAGGGCCUGACAGACGACGAGAUCCUCAUCCUGCCGCAGACGGACAAAUGCAUGGCAGAUGCUGCUUAGGCAGACCCACCAGCUGCUGCCAGCCCGAGCCCCAACAGCACUGCGAGCUGGUGACCACCCUGCCCAUCUGGCCCCCCACACUGCAGCAGCCUUCGCUCCCUGGCUUCACAACCCACACCUGUAUCCCUGUCUCGAUUAAAGCCCGUAAAAAAACA